AUGAGGGUCGCAAGCGGUCUGGCCGUUGCUCUUUUCACGAGUUUGGCGGUCGCGGAAGACCAACCUGCCGGUGUAUUAAACGCUCUUGAAGCGGUGGUGACAGCAGAGACCAGUCAAGUCCAGAAUGGAAUCCAAUCGCUCUUGUCACAAGCCGAUUCCUUGAUCAAGAACAUCUAUCCAUCGACUACAGUCACCGACUUGGCCACCUUGACGUGGCCGACAACUGUGACGAUUGGUUCACAGACUUACACUGUUUCUGCUGGAUCCACACUCUCGACUUCAGCCUCAAUGAGCCCUUCGUCGGCCAUUGCUUCUACUACCGAGAAUGCGAGACCAAUAUUGACCUCCACAGCGUCAAGCAUAGCUCCCAGCACGACGUCCACCUCGUCAAGCCAUAACCCGCAAAUGCGCGACCCGUGGGACCGGAGACUUGGUAUCAUCCUCGGAGUGGUCUUGGGAUCAAUCGCGUUAGCUCUGGGUGUAUUCCUCAUCUGGUUCUUGCAUCGACGCCGUAAGAACACGGGAAGCUUCUUCAAGCGUCGACCUUCAAGUCCUUCAGACACCGAAGUUUACUCUUGGCGCAAUGAUGCACAGGCAGAGAAAUAUGGCACCUCAGAAGCGCCGCCAUUGCUUCAAACUCCAAUGGCUGCUCAUGGUGGUUACGCAACCAGAACCUGGACUAACGACGACGAUGACAUGCAUCUCGGCUACGGUUAUAGACCCGAGAUACAUCUUGAUCCCGCCGAGCUAUCUGCUGAGCGAUCCGAACGCGGGUCCCUCCAAAGGACUACAACCUCAGAAGAUAGGCAUAUUGGCGACAUGCAAGAUCGCCCACCGACUCCAUUUUCACCAGCGUCGUUUGCUGCAAUGGCCGCAAGUCCCGUCAGUCCGAUCGAGCAAGAUCCUCAAAGACGUCGCAGCAGUGGCUUCUGGCCGCCUCGAGGCAGCUCUGAAGGAUACCGCAACAUCGAGCCCUCUCAAGUGGCUCGUCAGCCCUCACUCGCAGCUCUGGCUGGUUCUGUAGCACAAGACUACCCGCAUCCUUACUACCAAAACCCUUUCGCGAGUAGCGAAGAUUACGACGAGGACGAUUGCGAGAACCCCUACCAAGACCACCAGAGGCGGAACUUGAGUCCGACACCAGAUAUUCCCUCACGCAGUCCCAAGCGUCAGAGCUCACCCAUGGUUUUCUACCCAAGUUCGGAUGAGUUAGGCAGGUUCAAUUUCGGGACCGAACAGGGCAGAGAGCGAAGGCCGAGCGAACUUCCAUGA